AAAUUGGGGGUCUCUAGGUCUUUUGCAAACAGGAGGCAUUCCCCAUUUGUGGGAUGUUUGGUGUGCACUGCAUCCAGAAGGCCAGAGCAUAGACAUGAAUCCUUCAUAAUUCCCACUCCCAACAGAUUCUGUUGGUAGUCCCUAAAUAGUCCCUGAGUCACUCUGUGCCUCAGUUUCCCCAUCUGUAUCAGAGAUGCUUGUUCCUCGGACAGGAGGUGAGGAUUGUCUUGAACAGUCUGUGCAGGUUGUGAGUAAGGUGUGGCGACAGAUCCAAGUGUUCCAGGUCAUUGUUCCCACAGCUACAGUAUUCGUAACAUCCUUAUUUAUCGUGGUUAGCAUUCUCCCCAGGAGUCAUGGCUGGGCCACUGAGUACUGGCUUUUACUAGUCCCCAGAAGCCAGGUCUGGAGCUGUUAAGGGCAAGCAGUCGUCUCCCCUAUUUCAGCACCCCACUUUCUUCCAGAGGGCUACUAACUCUUUACAGGAGUGGCAGACCCUGGCACCAAACCUUUUUGCCUCCUGGCAAAAGUCUUUCUCUUUUAUCAUGUGCAUUUACACAUUCAAGGGUUUGUGUGAGAAUCCUAGGCAAUUCCUUAUUGCUAUCCUUUCUCUCUUCUCCAUCCUCCAGACACCAAUCUGUACCCUCGAGCCCCAGAGGCCUGCUGCUCUGCUUUUAGCCUGGCAGAAUGGUUGACCUGAUCCAACAGGCAUAAAAGACUGAGCAAGAGUGGGAGUCGGGUGGAGAUCAGACAGGUGAUUUCCACUGCCACUGAGUGCCCCUCAGGCUGCUGAUGCAACCAGUACACGAGGGAGAAUGUCCUGAGCCCUUCCCACCUGGGAGGAGGGAUUCUGCACUAGAGCCCUGGAACAGAUCCCAUGAGACAAUAGGUCCCAGGAGCCCCUUAGGAUGUAUCGUAGUGGGUGAGAGAUGCACCAUUGUAGAUCGUCCUGAAAUAUUAGGAACUCUCCUGCUCAGAGAUGAACUUUGCUCUCUAUUUUGCCACCAGGAGAGGAGGCUUUUAUGUUUGUAUUGAUAUCCAGGAAUUCCUCUUGCUAGAACAAAUUUCUCCACUUAGAUAAUGAUUGGGCCAGGUCUAUUGAUCUUAAUCAGGGGAGGCAGUGACAUGCUGUCUGUGGGGAGUGUUUGGUCCUGCGCUCUUGCUUGUAACCUUGAAGUCCUGGAAGUUCCACAGCGCAGCAGGUGGCCUUGCAGGGGCUAUCUGCAGCUGUUGACCAAGUUAAGAAGAGAGAGGUCAGGAAUCAGUUAUGAAGACAGAAGAUCCCAGUCCUGGGGCCGGCGUGGUCCAGUGCUCACAGUUGAUGCUAUCAGGCAUUCUUCAUUGUCCGGAGGUUGUAAGGAAACUCAUUUCACAAUCUGCAGCCCAGAAUUGAAAGUCCUUAGCCGAGAAGCAGCCGGGCUUUGGAGGUGUUUGCCUAUGACCUUUUCUCUCACCACACCCUGGGGCUCUUGGGAGGAGCUGAGGUCUGAGCUGCAGUGCCAGGAUGCUGUCUCUGUCAGUGCGGGCGUUCUGCUGCCUUCCUGGGUCCUGUCACAGCCUUCUUGCUCAACCACUGGGUGCGCAGGAUGGAAACUGCUCUCCCCGAUCUGGAAGACAGCGCGUGGCUUGGCUUCUUAGAGUUGUGGCUGGAGACUGAAACAGCCGCCCCUUUACCGGGCUUUCUGUAACCAGACCGUGUUGGGGGACAGGGAAGCCCUCCAUGCCCUACAGGCCCAAGAAGAUGGAAAGACGAGUGGUAGGCAGGAUACUCAGGCGCUUCCCCAACUGGCUGCUGCGAGGACGCCGAGCAGUGCCUCUCCGGGACAAUUCGGGGGAAGCUGUAAAGGAACCAGAAAGAGCCCAGGAGCACUAUCUGCCCAGCUUUGCCGGAGGGCAGCACUUCUUUGAGUACCUCCUUGUGGUUUCCCUCAAAAAAAAGCAUUCAGGGGAGGACUAUGAGCCCACGAUCACCUACCAGUUUCCCAAGAGGGAGAACUUGCUUCGGGGCCAACAGGAGGAGGAGGAGCGGCUGCUCGGAGCCAUCCCCUUGUUUUGCUUCCCAGAUGGGAAUGAGUGGGCUCCACUCACUGAGUAUCCCAGGGAGACCUUCUCCUUCGUUCUGACCAACGUGGAUGGAAGCAGGAAGAUCGGAUACUGCAGGCGUCUCUUGCCCGCCGGCCGCGGCCCUCGCCUCCCCAGGGUGUACUGCAUCGUCAGCUGCAUUGGCUGCUUCGGCCUGUUCUCCAAGAUCCUGGAUGAAGUGGAGAAGAGGCAUCAGAUCUCCCUGGCAGUCAUUUACCCAUUCAUGCAGGGCCUCCGAGAGGCAGCCUUCCCUGCUCCUGGGAAGACCGUCACCCUCAAAAGCUUCAUCCCCGACUCAGGCACUGAGUUCAUCUCAUUGACGCGGCCCCUAGACUCCCACCUAGAACAUGUGGAUUUUAGUUCUCUGUUGCGUUGUCUCGGUUAUGAGAAGAUUGUUCAGAUCUUUGCCUCUGCUGUGCUGGAGAGAAGAAUCAUCUUCCUGGCGGAAGGUCUCAGCACCCUGUCUCAGUGCAUCCACGCUGCUGCCGCGCUGCUCUACCCCUUCAGCUGGGCACACACCUACAUCCCUGUUGUCCCCGAGAGCCUUCUGGCCACUGUCUGCUGCCCCACUCCCUUCAUGGUUGGAGUACAAAUGCGCUUUCAGCAGGAGGUUAUGGAGAGCCCCAUGGAAGAGGUCCUGUUGGUGAAUCUCUGUGAAGGAACCUUCUUAAUGUCAGUUGGUGACGAAAAAGACAUCCUACCACCCAAGCUCCAGGAUGACCUGUUAGACUCUCUGGGUCAGAAGAUCAAGGAGUUACAGACUCCAGAACAAAUCAACGAGCACGUUUCAGGCCCUUUUGUGCAGUUCUUCGUCAAGACUGUGGGCCACUAUGCCUCCUACAUCAAGCGGGAGGCAAACGGGCAAGGCCACUUCCAAGAACGGGCCUUCUAUAAGGCUCUGACCUCCAAGGCCAACCGCCGAUUUGUGAAGAAGUUUGUGAAGACACAGCUCUUCUCCCUUUUCAUCCAGGAAGCUGAGAAGAGCAAGCAACCUCCUGCAGGCUAUUUCCAACAGAAAAUACUUGAAUAUGAGGAACAGAAGAAACAGAAGAAAUCAAAGGAAAAGACUGUGAAAUAAGAGCUGUAGUGAACAGGCGUGACUAGACCGACAAGCCAGUUUUGGACUUUGGCCCCUGCCAGCACGGCAGGAUCAGCGAAGCCCUCAGUCCCCAGAAUCCACAGCCUUCUUCCGAGUCCUGGUAACAAGGUCUUGCUUCAAGUUGGUGUCUUGAAUUUGGGAUCUCUGGAAUCAGCUAUCUCAGGACUUUGGAAGGCUCUGACUUCUGUGCUCAUGGAGCUGGGCACAAAGCUGCCUUUUCUGCAGAGGUGACACAGGGCAGCAGACAGUUGUACCGAGUGUUGUAGAAUCUUCGAUGUUGCUGUCACUGCCCCCUCCCACUAUUACAAAAUCCUCAAAAGAGGGACCAGUUAUGGCCCAAAGGCCACAUAGAAAAAGAGGUCUGUGGACAUGUGAGGAUAAGAAUAAAGAUGACAACCUUCUUGUCCUUUA